CCCCAUGUUUUUACACGUGGCAACAACCCAUUAAUCUUAGCUAAAACCUCAAUAAAUAACUGACUGUACCUGACUUUUCAUAGUGUCACAGGCAUAACACCAGCCAGCCCAACUCAAGCUCUCGACUGCUCUUUCUUCUUGUCUCUUCUCUUGUUCAAGUAAUUUGGUUUCUGCAAUACUUUUUCCUUUUUCUUUCUUUCUUUCUUCCAUAGAUGGACUCUGUGUUUCUUGAUAUUGGCUGAUUCUAAUUUACAUAAGCAAGUGACGGGAAUUCGGCACUUUUUAUUGAUUAGAAGGAUUUGUGUUCUGAGAGGACUAAGGCUAAUAAUAAAGCUGAAUUCCCGGCCUGGAUCUUAGUCCAGGAAGUGUGGAAGGCAAGUAUGGAACCGUUGUGUGAGUUCUGUGGGACGGUAAGGGCAGUAGUUUAUUGCAAAUCAGACUCGGCGAGGCUGUGCUUGCAGUGUGACGGAUUUGUACAUUCUGCAAAUUCUUUAUCCCGAAGGCAUCCUCGUUCACUUCUCUGUGAUAAGUGCAACUCGCAGCCUGCAAUUCUCCGGUGUUUAGAUGACAAGUUGUCUAUUUGUCAAACCUGUAAUUGGAAUAAUGCAAAUGGUUGCUCGAGCUUGGGGCAUCGCCUCCAAGCGUUGUCUUGUUAUACGGGACGACCUUCUUUGGUAGAGUUUUCCAGGAUUUGGUCUUCUGUUCUUGAUGCUUCUCCUUCUACAACAACUAGUUAUGAUCCUGCAGAAUUGGGGACGUCACUUGCUUCUCUACCAGGAAAUGAGAAUUCCAUGAUUAGUAGUUGUUUGAAGCACGAGGAUAAUGAAGGCUGCUUUGGACUGUUAACUAGCAAGUUGAAUGAAUUAGAACCUUGGAUGGGGCCGCCUACUGUCGACCCACUGGGUCCGAAUUCCAUCCCUUAUUGUAGAGAUCAAGUGUCUCUCUUGCCAGAGGACUCAAACAUGCCAAAGGGUUGCUGCAAUUUCAAAGAUCUUGAAAUUCAUGACAAUGAAGAUCUAUGUGAAGGUCUCAACAUGGAUGAUGUUGCAUUAAUGAACUUUGAAAAUGGUGAUGAGAUAUUUGGAUGUCCUCAAGGUCACACCAGAUACCAGCUGGGGGAUGUUGGAAAGGAUUGUAUUUUAAUGGAGAAAAAUUUAUCAGUUACUGAAUCUAACAAUGGUCCUGUCGAGAAUGCUAUAGAGGUAACAUCAUCAGGACAGCAGGACUGCAUCACAUUCCAAUCCCCUCAGGUCGCCUGUUCAGCUGGUAUGAUGCAGGCAAUGAAUGGGAGCACUAGUUGCUUAUUUAUGAACCCAAGUUGCAACAGAAGUAUUAAUCUUGGAUUUCCCACUGGUACUGGACAAGUUCAUUCAAGCAUAUCUCUUUCACUAUCCAAUAUCACUGGUGAGAGUAGUGCUGCUGAUUAUCAAGAUUGUGGAUUAUCACCGGUGUUUUUGGCUAGUGAGUCCCCAUGGGAAUUGAAUUUGGAGACAAGCUGUCCACAAGCAAGGGACAAGGCUAAGAUGAGAUACAAUGAAAAGAAGAAGACACGAACGUAUGUGUGUGAUUCAACUCCAAUUACAUUUCAGGUUAUUGUAUGCAUUUCCAGAGGCUUUCAGCUUGUGGGUUCUGACAGAUUUUGCAAAAUUGUGAUGUUUUAUAGAUUUGGUAAGCAAAUCAGAUAUGCCUCUCGUAAAGCCAGGGCUGAUACUAGAAAACGUGUCAAAGGUAGAUUUGUAAAAGCUGGUGAAGCAUAUGAUUAUGACCCUCUUGUUCCAAGGAAUUUCUGAUCAGCCAUAUUGCUAAAUCUUUGCCCUUUACAUAAGAGUACAAAGGGUGAAAAUUUUAAGGUCUGAUGAUUCUUUCUAGGUUUUCAAGAGGGGUUGAGAAUAAUGGAUUUGAAGUUUUUCUUUAUAUUAAUAGUGCUGGAAUUCGCUGUGGAUCGAUUUGAGUUCUAAACGCUCAUCACAUUUGCGGCAACCUGUAAACUACAUCAAACUGUUAUCUUCUAUUAUGGUACUCAAAUCCUUGCAAUGGAUAAUGAUACUUCUCUAAAUGUAUCAUCCCUGCAUUCCACUCAGAAUAAUUUUCUUCACAAUUUACUGAUCAGUUUCUUACUCUUUGCUUGGGGCAUUUGUAAAGGAUAUUCAUCCUGGGGACACAAAUGGUGAAGAACAUCAAGAUGUUCAUAGCAUUCUAUUGGAGACCUUAUAGUUCCUUUGCUUUUGCUACCCUUGUCAUAGAGUACAAGUCUUUGUGCAAUUCAAUUUUGGUUACUCUAGGUGGACUGUCUAUCCAUUUCUGUUCCAUUGUAAUAAACUUUGAUUGAAUCUGUAGCUAUUACAUUGAAAUUUUGCUUGUAAUAAACUUUGUUUGGUAUUUAGUUACUAAUAAUUGAAAAAAAAAAUUCACUUUG